AAACUCCCAGUAUUGAAAAGCUACUAUCAAAGGACUGGAAAGACAAGCUUCUUGCCAUGGGAUCAGGGAACUUUGGAGAAAUAAAAGGGACUCCAGAAAGCCUCGCUGAGAAAGAAAGGCAGCUCAUGGGUAUGAUCAAUCAGCUGACCAGUUUGCGAGAACAGCUGCUAGCAGCUCAUGAUGAACAGAAGAAACUGGCUGCAUCACAGAUCGAGAAGCAACGCCAACAAAUGGAGCUGGCUAAGCAGCAACAAGAACAGAUUGCAAGACAACAGCAGCAGCUCCUGCAGCAGCAACACAAAAUUAACCUUCUUCAGCAACAGAUCCAGGGAAGAUUUCGUCUAGAAAUCUUCAACACUUUUGGUGAAGUAUUGUCUGAACAAGAAACUAGUCAAAAG